AACGACCAUGAAAUAAGAAGAAGAAGACGACGAUUACGUCAGCCAACCGGUAUAAGCGAUGUUGUACUCGUGGUUAGAGUGGACGUUACUCUAGUAAUGUUGGACUGUUUUUAUAUAUGUUAUUGAGAUCGAAAGCAUGUCGAAGCCUUCUGAAAUAAACAUGACAGAAAAGCGCAACGCAGAGAGCCUGUGGUCCGCUGCUGACGUCUGGAUCAAGAAACCACAUGUAGUAAACAAGAGACUGUGUGGUGUGACAGUGACAGAGUACAGGGACGUGGACACUGCGGAAUUAAAUCAAGUUUUAUCUUGUCUUCUGGGGACCAAUAUUGAGACUGAUAUUCCUGUGUUUCUUCACGCUGAUGUUGUGGAUGAGGAGCAUGAAACUGCAGGACGCUGGUGUGUUGGAGUAAGAACUAUUAUUCCCAAAGUGAACAAGUCAGGAGACUGUCUGUUCAAAGAGGUUAUUGUUAAAGAUAUUGUUGGAAAUGCAGUGACAUUUAUCCCAUUUGAAGUGAAUGGUGUGGGACAGGUUACUCUCAAGAGCAGUAAUAUUUAUAAAAUCCAGCUGCAGUUAAAGCCAGAUGAAUGGAAGUUGUGUCUUCAUGUUUUGAGGCCUGAGCAGUGGUACAGCGAUGGAGUAGCUUACCCUAAACUCUCCUGGCUCCAUUCUGAACUCCUACCUAAACUAUCACGCUGGGCUCUGGAGAGCAAGGCCAGUGAGUUUAAGAGCACCCUGUCCCUCAUACCUGUGGAGAAAUACAGUAUUCUCUACCAGCAGCUGAAAGAGAAGUACAAAGCGUUAGUAAAGGUCUGGCCUGAAGUUACUGAUCCAGAGAAGUUUGUGUUUGAAGAUGUUGCCAUUGCUACAUAUCUGUUGGUCUUGUGGGGUGAAGAGCGUGCUGAAAACGGAACAACAACCAAACAGUCCUUUGUGGAUCUCGGCUGUGGAAACGGCCUCCUGGUUCACAUUUUAAACAACGAAGGGCAUCCUGGAAAGGGAACUGACAUUCGCAAAAGGAAGAUCUGGGACAUGUAUGGGCCUGGUACUCAUCUAGAGGAAAAUGCCAUCACACCCAGCAAUGGCUUCCUCUUUCCCAAUACAGACUGGCUGAUUGGAAACCACUCAGAUGAGCUUACUCCAUGGAUCCCUGUAAUAGCAGCCAGAUCAUCUUACUCAUGCCGCUACUUUGUGCUUCCCUGCUGCUUCUUUGACUUCUGUGGGAAGUACCAGCGCAGACAAUGUAAGAAGUCUCAGUAUAAGGAGUACAUUGACUUCAUCACAGAUGUCAGCACAGUGUGCGGCUUCCACACAGAGGAGGACUGUCUAAGGAUACCCUCCACCAAACGGGUAUGCAUAAUAGGCAAAGGUAGGACAUACAGCGAGGCCGAAGAGGCUAUGGUCGAGGAGCGGCGAUAUGAUUAUAUCAGGGGGCGUGAGGCCUUAUUCACAAGCUCAGGGGUCAGUAAGAACGUCAGUCAAUGUGGCCAUGAUGGACCUCACAAUGACAAUGGACAGGAUAUCUCAACCCCUGCGAAUGACUGGGUGAAUGGCUUUCAUCCGAGAGAAAAGACAGAAGCUGUUAGGAACUGUUCAGCUCUUCCAAGGGAUUUUGUGGAUGCAGUGGUUCUGAGGGUGGCAGAGGCAUUGCUGAGUCUGACUGAGAGAAACCUAGAGAGCAGCGGUUGCAAUGAAGCCUGGAACACAGGAGGCAGUUUGAUGAUUAGUGAAGUAGUCAACCUCCUGGACCAGUCUACUCUCCAAGCACUAAAGAAAGAGUGUGGUGGUCUCCAGACUCUACUGAAAAACAAUCACCAAGUGUUCAGAGUGAAGGGUGGAAGGGUCUUUAUUCGGGACUGGAGGACGCAUACACCAGCUCAGAGCUCUAGAGUAACCUCCAAGCACAAACCCCCUCCCUCAGGUGCCUUGAAAACCCGACUCUGCUGGUUCCACACACACCAUCCCCACGGCUGCCCUCUGCCCAGCGAGGACUGUGCUUUUGCUCAUGGUGAGACUGAGUUGAGACCCUCCACAAAACCCCAAAGAUGAUUUGGACCUGAAUGGAAGCUUGUUUUGGCUUUAUUAAUAGCAUUUGACCUGACAUUUUAAAAAAAGAAAAAAAACUCAUAUUUUUACCUAUCUGAGGUGCACCCUUUUUCUUAAACAUUUAAUUUUUUUUUUUUUUUUUUGAAAGUAACAGUUUAUUUCUGUUGUAUAAGAAACAUGUCGAAUGAACAUUGCCAAUCCUGUCCAGACUUUGUCCAAUAAAUCCAAAACAUGUGUAAUGA